AUGAAAUCUUCACCAUCUCUUUAUCAAUGGCUUCCUUUGGCCUUUCUAGCUAUUUUCUUAACCACUGUGGCUGCAACACCCUUCAACAUAACGAGGCUGCUACAAGGAAGACAAUCUAGAAGUGGUGGAAUUGUGUCUAAGGCCCUCCCAGAGGACUUUAAGAGGCUGUAUUAUCAACAAACACUUGAUCACUUCAACUACAAACCAGAAAGUUAUCAGAGAUUUCAACAGAGAUACGUAAUGCUUGACAAAUAUUGGGAUAAAGUAGAUGGUGCAAAGACUGCACCAAUUUUUGCAUAUCUUGGCGAUGAAAACUUGUUAGAUUCGAGAAUCGGGUCUUUGACUGGUUAUGCGAGCGAUUUUAAAGCUCUUCUAGUGUACAUAGAGCACCGAUAUUAUGGGGAAUCAAAUCCAGCAACUCAAGAAAACUUCAAAGGCUCGAAAAAUCUCGGAUACUUAAAUUCUGCUCAGGCUUUAGCAGAUUAUGCGGAGAUUCUCAUUCAUAUAAAGGAAAAGAACAAUGCUGUUGAAUCUCCUAUUAUCGUCAUUGGAGGAUCAUAUGGUGGAAUGCUUGCUUAUUGGUUUCGACUGAAAUAUCCUCAUAUUGCACUUGGAGCCCUGGCCUCCUCUGCUCCAAUUCUCUACUUUGAUGAUAUAAUGCGGCAGAACAAGAUCACUUCAGCAAUAUCUCAGAUAUUCAAAGAAGCUAGCAAUAAGUGUUAUGAGACUAUAAAACAAUCUUGGUCUGAAAUUGAUGCAGCUGCCUCUAGAGACAGAGGUCUAACAAAGCUUAGCAACACAUUCAAAACUUGCAGUGAGUUGCGCCAUUCUUCUGAACUAAAGAAUUACUUAGAAUCACUGUACAUGAAAGCUGCUCAAUCUGGGCAACCAGUAGUGCAAAGGAUGUGUGAAAGUAUUGAUGAAACUCCUAAUCAAGGUGAAGAUGGCACUCUCAACAAAAUAUUCGCAGGUGUUGUUGCUGCAUUAUCAGAUGAUACAAAGUGCUAUGUCAAUCCCUCAAGUUCUUUAGCCUUUAAGUGGCAGAGAUGUAGUGAGAUAUUGAUGCCUAAACGUCAUGGAAGAAGUGAAACUAUGUUUGAGGCUGUUCCUCCCAAUCAAAUGGAGCUCAUGACCAAAGAGUGUCAGUCCUUGUAUAGUGUCACCCCUCGCCCUCAUUGGCUCACAACUUAUUAUGGCGGCCAUAAUAUGAAAUUGAUUCUCAAAAGUUUUGGUAGCAACAUUAUUUUCUCCAAUGGAUUGAAGGAUCCCUUUAGGCAUGGCGGGGUGUUAGAGGAUAUUUCGACUACAAUUCAUGCAGUGACGAUAAAAGACGGGGGCCAUUGCGAAGAUAUAUUUCCAAAUGCAGGUACUGAUUCCCAAUGGCUAGCCACUGUGACUAGAGAUGAGUAUAAGAUAAUUCAAAAAUGGAUUACUCAAUACGAUACAGAUCGUAAAUCAAGCAGUGACUGA